AUGUCUUCUUCUUCUUGCUACGGCCGCUACCAUGGCACUUUUGCUACGCCCUACGAGGAGCCGUCUAAAUGGACGCCGCCCAGCAUGUGUGGCGGCCCACUGACUGCAAUGGCCGAGUUUUGCACGCUGAAAACCGCGUGGAGACUGCUCAAGGUGACUCCGCUGCUUCCCUCGCUGCCCUACGACUACACAGAACAGCGGGUCUAUAGUCCGCGGUUCAAAACGCUCAAGUUUACCGCCCAGCCACCACUGCCAGCCGAAACACACCUGUCAUACGCCAAAAAAUUUUAUUCCAGCUUUUAUCAGAAAAGAACCAACUCGAGAAUCCUCAACUCCAUCGCCCUGCUGCGCAAAAUCGACCCUGCUCGCCACACUGCACUUGACCUCGUGGAGGACCACGUACAGGCGCUCGAGUUCGGCACGCCGCCGCCCACAAACGUCACGGAAACCGCCAAGCAAACGGCCAGACUGAUCAACAGCCUGCGGCUGCUCAACCUCGAAAACACGCUCGAGAAAAACUACGGCCGCAACAGCGAGCCACAUCUGCAACGAUAUCUGGACUGAGCUCAACUUCCUGCGAACAAGCCUGGAGCCGAUUUUGAACAGUCUUCUGUGUAUUUCGGAUAUCCCCUUGUCAGACAGUGUAGAAAGCUUAUAUGGACAUUAACACCGUGCUUCGCUAUAAAUCCUCCAUCACCUCGUCGUCGUCGAUAGUCUGGAACAGCUCUGUCUCCGGCGGCCGCAGCUGCUGUCUGGGCUCUGGUCUGCCACGGAGCCCGGUGUUGGCCUGGCGCACCCGCUGUGGAUGGUGCGGGUGGUUCUGAAGCAAUUGGAAAAAUCUCUGGAUGCGCGGAACGUGUUCGGCAGGAAGCCUCGUGAAAACACACCGGCCAAACAGCUCCAGAUGCGUGCGCGGCACGUUCAGACCGUGGAACUCGUUGAUGAAACGGUCCAGCGUGUCCACAAACACGCGCAGUCUUUCUCUCUGUAUAGGAUCGGCGCUGAACAGAGCGCUGUUGACGUCGUCUACGCCCUCGAUCACCGCAGCAAUGAUAUCUAGCAGCUCGGCAGCCUCUCUUUCUGGAUCCUGAGGAGUCUCGAACAGCUGCAGUAGAUGGUUGCGCAGUUGUGCGACUCCCUCACCGCUGAAAACGCAAAAGAUGGAUUUUUGAUGCAAAUUGAACUCCUGGGGAGGCUCACGGCAGAACUGGGUGAUGUCCGGCCGCAGAAAUUGAGACACUCCCGUGAGCGAUAUAUGUGUAAGUUUUGGACAGGCCUUGAGCAGCCUGUAGAUAGGAUAUAUGGUUAAAUUCAUGCAAUAACUGAGAUGGACGCGCUCCAACGUGUCGUCGCUGUUUCUGGCGUUGUUGGCAAGAGCAAGAAUGCCCUCGUCGGUGAUUUGCGCGCACUUCACCAGCCCGAUCCGUCUCAGUCGGGGCAGCUGCGACAGCUCGUACACUGUCUCGUUGGUGAGCUGUGUGCAACAUGCGAGGUCGAUAUACUGCAACCGGUAGCAGCUUUUUAUGAGGUCUUUGGCUCCAAAGUCUGUGAUGUUGCUGCAAUGGCCGAGAUGUACGUAGUGCAGGUUCUUUCCGAGCGUCGCGAUGGCACGGAGCGACGCGUCGGUGAUGGCCGUGCACUUCGACAGCACCACGUUCCGCAGCUUCGGGGCCAGCUUAAUGACCUUCUCGACGGCCCUGUCCGUGAUGUUGAGGCAUUGCGUGAAGUCAAGGAUUCGCAUCUUGUCUAGACACAGCUGGGCGCCCGUCUUGGACUCGAAGCACUCGUACGUGAUGUUUGCGUUUUUUGAGAUUUUGAACUCUUUCAAAAACUCGAGUCUAGAGAAUAAAUUGUGCAGCGACUGGUUGGUCACCUUUUCGCAGCCAUGCAGAUCGAUCUCGACGAGGUUCGGGCAGUGCGUGACCAGCUGGUCGACAAUCUCAUCGUCGACGUUGUUGCAGUCGCUCAGCUUGACCCGCUUGAGCAACGGACAGCUGCUGAUCAGCGCCAGAACAGCCGUCUUGGACACCUGGAAAGACCCUGGCGCAUACAGACCCUGGAGCCGCUUGCAGUUAUUGGCCAACUCGUAGUAUAUGUCGUCCUGGAUGCCCUUGACACCCGUGAGGUCGAUCGACUGCAGUCUGUGGCAGCCUCGUAUUAUCUCGGAAAUGUGCUCGUGCGAGAUGUUCGAGCAGUUGACGAGCGUGAUCCUCUCCAAAUUGGUGGCCCCAGAAAACAGGCUUAGGUACUCGUUGGUCACCAAAUGCGGCACGAGCGAGAGGUUCAGUCGCUUUAUGUAUUUUCUAUAGUCCCAUGUAGUCUGUGUGCGUGGAAUGGCCAUCACCUUGCCCAGGCGUUCGAAAAUGGCCCGUGAAGAAAUCCCCGGACGGAACCAGAUCAGCUCAAUAAUCAGAUUCGCCCAGUACCGGCACGUCAACGCCACAGAAAUGAGAUCCGACUUGGAGUUCAGGUAUGAGAAUAUAACACAAAGAAUCUCUGGCGGAAGAACUGCUAUCGGACUGCGAAUCCCGCUCGACGUGUAGCCCGAGUCCGACGUGAUCGAGCUGUUCCGCGCCCUCGACCGCAAAAGCAGCUUGCGCGCGUGCUGCUCGUUGUCUGUGUCUGGGUCGUUCAUCUCCUCGUCACUACCCGUGCCGUCUGGGCCCGGAGCGCGCUCGCUCAACUUUCUAAUGCUAAUUCCAAGCGGAUUGGAGCCCAAUGACGACAUGGACCCCAGCGAUGAGCUAUUGGUGUUUGGUUGGUCGGACAUGCUCAGAGCUUUGCCCGCAAGAGGUUAUCAGGUCACAACAAAUCAGCAAUCGACUGUAUGGC